CUUCCGGCCUCCUCCUCCUUUUUUCGAUUUUAGGGUUUUGAAUUGCGAUCGCUUUCUUCGUUUUCCUUGAUCGAUGGAUGCCCUGGAUUCCGUCGUCGAUCCCUUGCGGGAGUUCGCCAAGGACAGCCUCCGUCUCGUCAAGAGAUGCCACAAGCCCGACCGCAAGGAGUUCACGAAGGUGGCGGCACGCACGGCGAUCGGAUUCGUGGUGAUGGGAUUCGUGGGGUUCUUCGUGAAGUUGAUCUUUAUCCCGAUCAACAACAUCAUAGUCGGAUCCGGCUAGGUUGAUGAACUUGCAUUAAUGUUCCUGUACGUUUUGAGGAUGCUUUCUUCGAUUACGUAAGGCAAAACAAGUAGUAUUGGAAAGGAGUUAUCGAACUUGAUCUUGUGUUUGGUGAUGUGGGAAAAUGGGUGGUAGGUUGUUCUAAAUAUGUUGUUUCUACUUUCUUGGUAGAGGCAAUGAUGCUAAACUUUUUUAUGGUAGUGGAACAAUAUGUAAUCUGAUCUGAGAUUUUUGCUCUUAUAUCGAAAUGUCAGACCAUGAUUUUAGGAAUUAGGAUAUCGUUAAGGACUCCUUUGGUUCGCAGGAAGAGGAGGAUGGAAAGUG